UAUCAUCUUCCUUAAAAAAGCCCAUUAUUUUUCUGUGACUCUCUUUUUCUCUUUUAUUCGCUUCUUCAAAAUUCAAUUUAGGGCAAACUCGAACUCGCUUCUUUUGACUCACAAACCAAAAGGAUCUCUAUAUGCGUCGCUGAUCUGCCUCUCAGGCUGCAGAUUGAAUAUUUAUUGGGAAAGCUUUUUGAUCAAUUUUUAUUCUGUGACUGAAGACAAGGACAGCUACUUCUCAGCGAGGAAUGAUUUUUCACAUGACCUGUUGACAUUUUUGCUAUGUCGGGGUUACUCAAUUCUUCGCUAAACAGUUCAGCUUCAAAUCUUCCAGAUAGUAAUGGACGUUCUUUUGCCUCUUCUUUCUCUGGCCAGUCUGGUGCAGGAUCUCCUGUUUUUCAUCAUACUGGGACUAUUCAAGGGCUGCAUAACAUCCACGGGAGCUUUAAUGUGCCCAAUAUGCCAGGUACACUUGCAUCAAGAAAUUCUACAAUAAGCAAUGUUCCUUCUGGAGGAGUUCAACAACCUACUGGAAGCCUCUCUAGUGGUCGUUUUGCAUCCAAUAACAUACCUGUUGCGCUCUCUCAGUUAUCUCAUGGCAGCUCUCAUGGACAUUCAGGACUUACAAAUAGAGGAGGUAUAAAUGUUGUAGGAAAUCCUGGAUUUAGUAGUAACACAAAUGGAGUUGGUGGUUCUAUUCCCGGCAUUCUUCCAACCUCUGCUGGUAUUGGUAACCGGAAUGCUGUCCAAGGAUUGGGAGUAUCCCCAAUUUUGGGGAAUGCAGGUCCUCGGAUUACAAGUUCUAUGGGCAACAUGGUUGGUGGGGGCAACAUUGGGAGGAGCAUGAGCUCAGGCGGAGGAUUGUCUGUGCCUGGCCUUGCAACUCGGCUAAAUCUAACCGCAAAUAGUGGAUCUGGAAAUUUAAGCGUGCAAGGACAAAAUAGAUUAAUGAGUGGUGUGCUUCCACAAGGAUCUCCACAGGUAAUAUCCAUGUUGGGAAAUUCAUAUCCAUCUGCUGGUCCUCUUUCACAAAGUCAUGUCCAAGCAGUGAACAGCCUUAGCUCCAUGGGAAUGUUAAAUGAUGUGAAUUCCAAUGACAGUUCCCCUUUUGACAUAAAUAAUGACUUCCCUCAGUUGACCAGUCGUCCUAGUUCUGCUGGGGGGCCUCAAGGACAAAUGGGUUCGUUGCGAAAACAAGGUAUUGGAGUUAGCCCCAUUGUUCAACAAAACCAAGAGUUCAGCAUUCAGAAUGAAGACUUUCCAGCUUUACCGGGAUUUAAAGGUGGUAAUGCUGAUUACACCAUGGAUAUGCAUCAGAAAGAACAACUGCAUGACAAUACCAUGUCAAUGAUACAAUCUCAGCACUUCCCUAUGAGCAGGUCUGCUGGAUUCAACUUGGGGGGAAGUUAUUCAUCCUAUCGUCCGCAGCAGCAGCAACAACAACAUGCUCCAGCUGUCAGUAGUAGUGGUGUUACCUUUUCUUCUGUAAGCAAUCAAGAUCUUCUUCAUGGUUCAGAUAUAUUUCCGUCUUCACAUUCAACUUAUCACUCACAGAACCACGGACCACCUGGGAUUGGACUGAGACCUCUGAACUCGCCAAAUACAGUUUCUGGUAUGGGAUCAUAUGAUCAACUCAUCCAGCAGUAUCAUCAACACCAGAACCAGUCCCAAUUUCGAUUACAACAAAUAUCAGCUGUCAAUCAGCCAUUCAGGGAUCAGACCAUGAAAUCCAUGCAAGCAGCACAAUCUGCUCCUGACCCAUUUGGGUUACUUGGUUUGUUAAGUGUUAUAAGGAUGAGUGACCCCGAUCUUACAUCACUGGCUCUUGGAAUUGAUUUAACAACUCUUGGACUAAAUUUGAAUUCAACAGAAAAUCUUCAUAAGACAUUUGGCUCACCAUGGUCUGAUGAGCCAGCCAAGGGUGACCCAGAUUUUAGUGUGCCACAAUGCUAUUAUGCAAAACAACCUCCUGUUCUACAUCAAGGAUACUUUUCAAAAUUCACAGUGGAGACGUUGUUUUAUAUAUUUUAUAGCAUGCCCAAGGAUGAAGCUCAGUUAUAUGCUGCAAAUGAACUUUAUAAUAGAGGCUGGUUUUAUCACAAAGAGCACCGGUUAUGGUUCAUAAGAGUCCCCAAUGUAGAGCCACUUGUUAAGACGAAUACUUACGAGAGAGGAUCUUACCACUGUUUUGAUCCCAAUACAUUCGAAAUAAUCCGCAAGGAUAAUUUUGUUGUUCAUUACGAGGUAUUGGAAAAGAGACCGGCUCUACCUCAACAUUAACAAGUGUUUUUUUUUUUAUUUUUUUUUUUAUUUACAUUGUAAAGUUUCAUCAUGUACUCUAUUCAUUAGAAUGUAAGUCAGUUUGCAGCAUUAAUGUGGAAGUUUUACAAUUUUUGGUAAUUGUCUUGUCAAUCCUGUUGCGGUGA